AUGUAAUUUAUAUUAAUAUUGAUUCUUGCCCUUACAACACUAUCAUAAUCAACUGAUUUUGCUUUGUAUUUAAAAAAUUCAAAUACUUAAUCUUGGGAAAGAAUAGGUGAUAUGAAAGUAUCUAGGUCCAAUUUUUAAAAUGCCCAGAUCAUCUUAAAUUAAAAUAAAUAGUAAAUAAUUGAUCGCAAAAAAAUUAAUGAAGUAAUGUAUAUAAUCGCUAAUCUAGAAUAAUUAUGCUUUAUUGAAAUUGUAGAAUUAGCAAGAUGAAAAAUCAUAUAUUGCUCAUGUUGAUGGAAAAUAAUUAUCUCUUUUUAAUUAGAAAUUCAAUUAUUAAGAAAUUAUCACUUUAGUUUUAUCCAAUAAUGAUUUAUUAUCUUUUGAUUAUGGAUUAAAACCUGUAAGGAAAAAUGCAGAAACCUAUAUUCAAGUUAAUGUUAAAGAAUUGGAAGUAGCUCCAUAAGGAUUAGUACCAUAAUUUGAAGAAAAAUCUCCUGAAGAAGAAGAAUAGUAAAAACCUUAAGGCAUUUUUGGAUUAAUUUUAUAAUAUGUAAUUGCCUCCUCUAUCCUUAGAAAUGGUAUAUCAUAAUUGGAUUUAUUGUGUUUUUCUUUACUUCACAGGCUGACCCCUAAAAAUUAAAUGAAACUGUUUAAUAAGCUUAAGAAUAAGCAUCAGCAUAAGCUUAAAGAAGAAGAAACAAAUGAGC